AUGGCGGUACAUAUCGAAUCGUCUAUGCAGUUUAGCAAAUUGCUAGGCUCAUCAACUAUAGUUGUUUCCGAUUUUUAUGCGGACUGGUGCGGACCCUGCAAAGCCAUCGCCCCAACCUAUGAAUCUUUAGCUACCAAACACUCGAAGCCAAAUCGUGUUACAUUUACGAAAGUUAAUGUAGAUAAUCAGCAGUCCAUAGCUCAGCGAUAUGGAGUUAGAGCCAUGCCAACCUUCCUCAUCUUUCGAUCUGGCGCUGUCAUCGAAACCAUUCAAGGCGCAGAUGUUCGUAAGCUCACGACCGCCAUCGAGAAUGCUGUGAAACUAGCCGGUGCACCGAAGCCAUCCUUUUCCAGCCCAGGACAAACACUGGGCGGAUCUGCCCCUACGCGCUCCACGAUGGCAAGGCAAUUUAGCUUUGAUAGGCUACUCCACGAUAUUAUUGCAUUCUUCGGACUUUACCUCUAUUCCCUGUUCUCAUUUGAUGCAUAUACCGCAGCAGAGAACUCACCAUUCAAUAUUCACAAGGUCCCUGCUGCGCCGGCAGCAAAAACACCUGGUGGAAGAGCUGGAGCAGCUACUCAGGUCGGAAAGAAAGUAGGGACUAUCGCUGACUUAGCGGGCAAAGACUGA